AUGUCCAAUCCCUCCCAACUCCUGCUCCUCGCGGACCACAUUAAACUUUCCCUUCUCGAGCGCCAGCGCGCAAUAUCCCUCGAUCUCGAUGUCAACCCUUCGCAAGACUCGAACAUCGCCCGCUCAUUAGAAUCCUUCCGAGAAGGCAUCGAGGCCCUCUCCAACCGCACCCCCGACGAAGACUCGCUCCCCCAGCUGUGGAGUCAAUUCAAUGACCUGUCGCGACAGUUUCAAGGAGAAAGCUCCGCCACGGUUGACGACACACUCUCGUCACCGAAUGACCCGACAUUGAAAGAAGAUUUUGAACGUGCAAAGACCCGCAAACCCGGUGACGCCGCCCAACAUCAGAAGGCUUCGAACCUGCGGAAGCAGGAUGCGGCAGUGGCGCAGAGUCAAGGCGCCAAAAAUGUCCGCUUCCGCGAUGACCCUUCGCAAGAAUCACUCGAUGCCCAAGAUGAAGCGAACCGUGCGGCUCUCUUCCCUGCCCGCUAUACUGAUGAGGAGGACUCUCGGGCUCGCACACCCGACCCCACAGAGAGCAUGGACAACCAACAGAUCCACAUCUACCACCGACAGGUGAUUGCUGAGCAAGACGAGCAGCUUGACCGACUCGGUGAAUCUAUUGGCCGUCAACGUCAUUUGGCUAUGCAGGUGGGCGAUGAGUUAGAGGGUCAAAUUGCCCUCUUGGAUGAAGUCGACAGGGGUGUCGAUAGGCAUCAGGGUCGGCUGGAUGGCGCUAAACGACGGUUAAAAGGUGUGAGCGAACGGGCGAAGCAGAAUUGGGGCAUGACGACGAUCGUCGUGCUGAUUGUUAUACUGGUGUUGUUGAUUGUAUUGUUAAAAUGA